GAUAAGAGGUACAUAGAGUAAAACUAAUUGGGCGUAGAAAUAUGGCGAAUUGAAGGGGAAAUAGAGAAGAUGAUUGAGUGAAUAUGCAUAAAGGCGGGUGUUUUUGAAGCAAGUGGGGUUGAUAAGAAGAGAAAGAGAAUUUAGAUCAAAACUUGGAAGCUCCUUUUGCCAUGGCCACUAGUGCUGCACCCAAACCCAACCAAUAUUAUUUCUUCACAUUAAUCCUUCAUUUCUGUCUCCUCCUUAUCAUUUCCACAUCCACUACUCAACAACGCUUCAAACAAGCCCCCAAAUUCUACAACUCCCCCAGCUGUCCCACCAUUCGCCUCUCACCCACCGACACGUGUUCCGACGAGGCAGUCCACGUGGCCAUGACCCUGGACGUAACCUACCUCCGCGGCUCCAUGGCCGCCAUCCUCUCCGUCCUCCAACAUUCCUCCUGCCCCGAAAACAUCAUCUUCCACUUCGUCACCGCCGCCUCCUCCUCCCUCCUCAACCGCACCCUCUCCACCUCCUUCCCCUACCUCAAAUUCCAAAUCUACCCCUUCGACGACGCCGCCGCCGUCUCCGGCCUCAUCUCCACCUCCAUCCGCUCCGCCCUGGACUGCCCCCUCAACUACGCCCGCAACUACCUCGCCAACCUCCUCCCCUCCUGCGUCCUCAAAAUCGUCUACCUGGACUCCGACCUCGUUCUCGUCGACGACAUCGCAAAACUCGCCGCCACCCCCCUCGGAGACAACAACAACACCGUCCUCGCCGCCCCCGAAUACUGCAACGCCAACUUCAGCGCCUACUUCACCCCAUCCUUCUGGUCCAACCCCUCCCUCUCCCUCACCUUCGCCGGCCGCACCCCCUGCUACUUCAACACCGGCGUCAUGGUCAUUCACUUGCAACGCUGGCGUGCCGGGGACUAUACCACCAAGAUCCAGGAGUGGAUGGAGCUCCAGAAGAGAAUGCGGAUCUACGAACUCGGAUCGUUGCCUCCGUUUUUGCUCGUUUUCGCGGGAAACAUAGUCCCCGUGGAUCACAGGUGGAACCAACACGGCCUCGGCGGGGAUAACUUCCGCGGGCUUUGCAGAGACUUGCAUCCGGGCCCGGUCAGCCUCCUGCAUUGGAGUGGCAAGGGCAAGCCCUGGGCCCGCCUCGACGCCAACCGCCCUUGUCCCUUGGAUGCCUUAUGGGCUCCCUACGAUCUUCUCCUAACUCCUUUCGCUCUUGAAGCCUAGCCCGCCCAAUUAUUACUACAUUUUUAUUUUUAUUUUUAUUUUUUUUAAAUAAACUCAAUUAUCUUUUUCUUUUUCUUUUUUGGCUGAAUAGUUUUGAUUUAGCACUGGUGUAUAAUGUAUAUGGCAUUAUUAUGGCUUGUCCUUCGGAGCUGGCGCUGGAGUCACUCCUUGAUCUUACACUGUACAGCCAGGAGAGGAAAAAAAGAAAAGGGAGUGUGUGUUCUGUUGUGUCGGUGACGUUGGGUUUGUUAUCAUGGCUACGGAUCUGAAAACGAUCGUGUGGAGAUUUGGAUAUUUUUCUUGUCCAAGUGAAUCGCUCGUUUCUCUCUUCUAUUGUCUGGCCAAAGCCCAACAUUGCUUUUGAAUGUUUUGACCACAUUGACGAUGAUUGAUGUAUCUUCUUUUUUACAACACAAAAUUUGAAUUUGAAGUUGGAA